CCAGUAGCGUUAACGGUAGUCAGAUCUGGAUUUCUAUGGAAGGUAAAUAAAUCUAAUCAUUUGCCAACUCUUCCAGCCGCUAGUGCUCCACCUGCUCCCUCAGCGCACCGGGAGGCGGUGGCUGUUAUAUUUAAGGACCCACCCCAUUUUAUAUUACCCCCGAUCUCACCCUCGUUACCCGCGCCUACCGCUUCAUAUUGUUUUUAACCCUAUAUGUGCUAUGUACAGCUAUGAUCACAGCCCAUUGUAAGAGAAGCAUAGCUUACUGAAAAAUACCCCUAAAAACAGGCUACCUCAAAAAUGAAUCUGUUUUAUUUACCAUUUUGAGUUUUACGUUUAUACCGGAGAGAAUAGUGAAGAUGGGCUGCUGCUCGGGGAGGUGUAUGUUGAUGUUCUUCUGCGCUCUUCAGCUGAUCACUUCUGUAGAGAGACAGGUGUUCGACUUUCUAGGUUACCAGUGGGCACCCAUCCUUGUCAACUUCCUGCACGUCAUUGUAGUGAUAUUGGGCUUGUUUGGGACAGUCCAAUAUAAGCCCCGCUAUAUAGUUUUGUAUAUAGUCUGGAUGGUGUUUUGGGUGACUUGGAAUGUCUUUAUCUGUUGCCUUUAUCUAGACCUUGGAGGGCUUUCAAAGGACAGCAAUUAUCUGUCAUUGGGACUUUCAUCUUACCGGUCAUGGUGGAAGGACAACGGUCCAGGCUGUGAGAACAGAAACCUCCCAACCACUAGAUGGCAGCAUCUGGAAAGUCCUGCCCUGGUCUCUGAGCUGGGCUGUGUGUUAGAAUAUCAGUACAUCGAAGUUAUGCACAGUGCCCUGCAAGUGUUCUUUUCAGCCCUGGGAUUUGUAUUUGCCUGCUAUGUUGUCAACAUCUUCAAUGAAGAGGAAGACGCGUGUUUAUUUGUAUAAGUGACAGUGUCCAGAUCUCAUCAACAUUUUAAGAGAGAGAAGGAACAUUGAGAAGGGAAAGAGAUGGAAGAAAAGGACAUUAACCAUUCCCAGAAUGGACCAGAUUGGAUGGAUUCCAAAUGAUGUAUACAUGUAUAAACAUAACAAUACACGCAAAUUAAGAAAAUAAGAGUGAUGUGAAUAUGAACAUGAAAAUUCAAAAGGUAUGUAUGCGUGUUUUAUUAUUAUUAUUUUGCCUAAUGACUCUUUGAACUCUUAACAAGUGAACAAGAAACAAGUCACAAGGCAUCUGUGUAACUAUUCAUCUAAAGCCAAAGGAUACAGCAAUGGACCUCACAUGCUUUUAUG